AUGGCGACGGUGGCGGCACUGUGGCGGAGAGCGAGAGACUACAUGAAGACCAAGGAGUUCCGGGAUUACCUGACCAGCACUCACUUCUGGGGUCCCGUAGCCAACUGGGGCCUGCCGCUGGCCGCCUUUAAGGACAUGCGAGCACCGCCCGACAUCAUCAGUGGCCGCAUGACGACGGCGCUUAUCUUGUACUCGAUGGCCUUCAUGCGUUUCGCCUACCGCGUACAGCCUCGAAACUUGCUGCUGUUGGCGUGCCACGGCACCAACGUCGUGGCGCAGAGUGUGCAGGGGGGCCGCUUGAUGAUCCACCGCCUCGGCGGUCACGUCGCCACCGGCACUGCCGCAGACGAUGAUGCCACCGCCGCCACCGCCGCCACCACCACCGUUCCCACCUGCGACCAUGCGUGUACUUGCGACUUUGAGGACGACAGCUGCUGCUAGGCCGCCUCCAGCUCCAACACGUCGUCCUCCAAACCUGGCUGAGUGGACCGAUCGAGUUUUUGCAGCUUGCAAGCCCUGAACUGUUACUCUUCCUGAAGAAAAGACCAGUGAAAAGUUUGGUUUUGACUCCAAUAAAACAGUGCGAAUCUGAUUUAAACCUGCAGUUUGGUUAAUUAAAGUAGAAAUUA